AAUGUGGGAGAAUUCUGUGGAAACUGUAGAGGGGUGAAAAGACAUCAUGAACAGGUAAAUGAAUGGAUGCUUUGGGAAUUUGUCAGGAAACCUUUUCUGAUUUUAUGAGGCAGAGCUCUGGGAAAUCCUACCAUUAGCAGUGUAGCCCAGAACGAGCCCUAUGGCAAAAAUAUAAUUUUUUUUAUAACAUUAAUUUAUUAUAUUUUUAGUCUUAAUAUUCAUAGUAAAGGAAUAUUAAGAUGAUUAAUGUAUGUCCCUUUUUUGCUUUCACCUCUCACCAUUAUUACCAGAUGUUUCUUGAUAAACAAAUGAUAAAGUCUAGAAACAAGAGGACUGUGUUACAUUAUGUAUUGUGUAGGUUACUGUUUCAGUUAUUGUUAUGUUCUUUUGUUUAUCCAUAACUCUCUCUACCUUUGGUUCUGUUAAUAGCAGCCUGCUGUAAAACUGUAAGAAUUAGCAUUUUUGAUAACGCUUACAAGCAUUAUUUUAUUCCAGACAAACACUUUUAUCAACUCAUCGAGAAUUGUGAAAAAUUAUUCCUCCAUACAAAUUAUACCAUACUAAAGUUGUUUUUUUGUAGGAACUUGAUGACUCAGCCAUUCAAGAGAAGAUUGACCAUGAGGUGCAUAUACGAGACGGAAUAGUUAAAUUGUUAGCUGCUUGCCAUGAGGAGGUUCAGGCCCUUGAGGCAUCCAAGAACCUUCUCACAAUCAAUGCUCGUAUCCUUGCUCUUAUGGCAUUGCUACAGAGACACAGGGCAAAGUCAGUCUUGAGGCGCAAAGGAUCGAGGUAUAUUUAAAGUGUGAUAUAUGUAAAAGUGUCAAUAGUGUGUAAUAACUUUAAAUGAUGGAACAAUAUCUCACAGGAAUAUUAGUUAAUAUAUUUAGGCUGUUAUUAUGUAAAGUUUCUAUUGCAUUCUCAGAGAUCGUGCAUAUGUAAGUUGAGGUAUGGGGGAGUGUAAAUAGGUUUUUUGAGGCAAGAAACAAGACUAGUUCAUUACAUGUUGGUGUCCGUGUUUUAAUGAAACUGUGUGUCAUUGAAAAACAUUGAAGAAAUGAGUGACAGGUUGUAUCUUGCCCCAUUUCAUGUCCAGCAUAGAAGUAUAGCAGUUAGUUGCUUCUUUUGUCGGAAAAUGUAACACAAAAGUAAAAUAACACAAAAUAUUAUUUUAUUGUUGUACUUCAGUUUCUGGGCUGUAAAUUUAGAAUUAGGUCAAGCUAAUACCAGUAAAUUAGCAGCAACCUUCUCAGAACCACACAGAAAGGAUUUCAUUGUUGUGAUUUAGAACAAUAUAAAACCUAUGUAUACUGUAUAUGCAUUGCUGACCACGCAUGAAAUCAAGAUGGAGGGAUAUUGACUUGUUCCUUUUACAUCGAAACUUAAUCUCCAGCAAUUUUGAACCAGCAAACUUUUAAUUUGUUAAUUGAGGAUCCAUUAUGCGGUAUAUUGCCCAAUUAAAUUUUUUCUCCUGUGAACCAAGUGAGUACUCCUGAUUUUGCAUUCCUAAUUUUACCUGCUUGGGUAGUCAAUUCAAGGCUGCUGCCUAAGAAAAAUUUUAGGGAGCCCUUCGGGCUCCUAAAGUUUAAAGUUAGGAGCCCGAGCCACAUUGUUAGGAGCCCAGUUUGAAAUCCAUGUAUUGUUUUUCCAAGAUCAUUACAUAGGUUAUAGAGGUUCUUGCACACUUUAAUAAGAAUUCGCCGGGCCUAAUAAAUAACACGUAAACAAGAAUUAACCGAAUUAUUUACUUUCAUACGUUGCAAACUGGUACAUGAAAUCGAACAUCAAGCACGUCCAGUCGAUAGCACGCAAGAUAGCUUCCCAUUCUCGCCACAAAAAAGUUAUCAAAUCGACGAAAACCCAAGCAAACGAUGAACUGCACGAAUGUCAACAUAGGCAACAAACAGCCCAUAAUUUUGCUAUUCCAUAUUUGGAAGUCAAAUCUCAGACCCAGUCUUCAACUGCCAUCCGGACUCGGAAACGAUGGCUUCGUUCGUUUCGACAAAGCUUCACAGUUGAACACGUUAGGUUUACAUAAUUUACGGUUUAUUUGUGGAAAUUUUAUACUGCCUAAUCGCAUCAUCGCUAACCAUAUCAACAGUUCCACUGUUUAAAGUCCUACUCCAGCUAAAGGAAUAUAAUGUACAAGGAGGUUAAGUNGGAGCCCAGUUUGAAAUCCAUGUAUUGUUUUUCCAAGAUCAUUACAUAGGUUAUAGAGGUUCUUGCACACUUUAAUAAGAAUUCGCCGGGCCUAAUAAAUAACACGUAAACAAGAAUUAACCGAAUUAUUUACUUUCAUACGUUGCAAACUGGUACAUGAAAUCGAACAUCAAGCACGUCCAGUCGAUAGCACGCAAGAUAGCUUCCCAUUCUCGCCACAAAAAAGUUAUCAAAUCGACGAAAACCCAAGCAAACGAUGAACUGCACGAAUGUCAACAUAGGCAACAAACAGCCCAUAAUUUUGCUAUUCCAUAUUUGGAAGUCAAAUCUCAGACCCAGUCUUCAACUGCCAUCCGGACUCGGAAACGAUGGCUUCGUUCGUUUCGACAAAGCUUCACAGUUGAACACGUUAGGUUUACAUAAUUUACGGUUUAUUUGUGGAAAUUUUAUACUGCCUAAUCGCAUCAUCGCUAACCAUAUCAACAGUUCCACUGUUUAAAGUCCUACUCCAGCUAAAGGAAUAUAAUGUACAAGGAGGUUAAGUCUAAUGCCGUGUGUUAAGUCAGGCGCCCGCGCGGGCUCCUUGUACCGAAAUUUGGUCGCCCAUGCUCUUACCUUGGGCGCCUCUGGCGACCGGGCGCCCGUUAGGCAGCAGCCUUGCAAUUAUUAGCCUGGUCUUGGAGCCAGCCUUGUAGUAAAGAUAGCAUUUGAACACUGUUAUGUGGAGAGAUUCUCUUAUUGAAUCAGCUCUUCUUGUCCUUUUAAAUUUCAGUUCAACAUCACCUCUGGAUUUAGAUGAUGAUGACGCCCCUUGCAAAGCCCAGCUUUCCCUCUCAGGUAAAUCAAUCAAUGAUUGA